AUGGCAGAACUCAAAACAAUCUCUCUCUCGCAGCUUUUGGAGGUCGACCCUCAAGCGAUGAAAGAGCUUGAGGAUGCAGCCACUUUGCAAGGUUUUUUCUACCUCGAUCUGCGGGGAUCAGAAACUAGUCGGACACUCAGAGACGUAGAGGAGUGUGUUGAAACAGCACGCGAAUUCUAUGCCAUGCCGUUUGAAGAAAAACUGGGGUAUGACAUUGACAAACUGGGCAUGCACAAACUCAAUGGAUACAAACCGGAAGGCAGGAACGCGGGAAUCGAAAAAGGUAAACAAGACGGCUUUGAAGCCUAUCUUGUUCCUCGAGACGGGAUGUGUAAUCCGCUUUUUGAUGGGGGGAAAAUAAUGCUACCUGGCCCUCUUGAUGCACACAGGAGUCUUCUCGAACGCCUGAUGAAUGAUCUGCACGCAAUAGGUAUUUCGGUUCUUCGCGCACUAAGCCUUGUGCUGCGUAUCCCCGUCGAGCGGAGCCUCGAAAUGAGCCACCGCCAUCAUUGCUCAUCAACGAGUGCCCUUGGUGUCCUCAAAUACCCUCGGCUAUGGGCCGAAAGCCCUCAGCUUGGCCACGGUGCACACACAGAUGUCGGCUCAUUGACCCUGCUCUUCUGUUCGGAACCUGGACUUCAGUUACUCGAUCCAAAGACCGAUCAAUGGGCGUACAUUCGGCCUAAGGAUGGCCACGCCAUAGUCAACGUGGGAGACUCUCUGCGCUUCCUCAGCGAUCAUCGCCUACGCUCUUGUCUUCAUCGCGUAGUUCCACCUGUGGAGGGGAGAAUUACCGAUCGCCUUUCCUGCGCGUACUUCCUAAGGCCUGAGUUGGACGCUGUGUUCAUGGACGACACGGGAAAAUCUUGGAAGAGUGUCGACUGGCAUGACGGGAAAUAUAAAAUGUUUCGUGCACCGACGGAAAAACAGCAGCAGGAUUCUGUUCUGACGGGCAAAGCCGGCUUCUUGGGGUCUUGGUGCCCUGACAAGUAUAUGGUCGGCACGAGAGGCGAAUGGGCAGCGAUGGCGCUAUCAUCAAGUAAACAAUCCGAGCAACCAUUUGGGAUGGCCAUCCUCGCCACCUCGCAGGAGAGUGCCGUGCCAUGCCACCACGGCGCGCCAGCGCCAGCGCCAGACCCCGCUGCCGCUUCACAUUCACAUCCACAGCAGCAACCCUCCCCUCCGCACCCCACCCUCUCAAAAAACGCCCAGCAGCAGAUCUGGGCCUGGAGCCUCAGCGGGCGCACCUCGAACCUCGCCGUCGAGAUCGCCACCGCGGGAUGCGCGUGCGUGCUCGCGCGUCUGUGUGUUGGGCUUUUGCGUGCGCGGCGGGAGCACUCGCCUGUUGAGAUGUUGAUGGCGCUGGAGCAUGGUUCACGGGCGGGGAACAGGUGGGGAUGA